UGGCCGCGAAAUCGUACUUGCUGGGUGAUUUCAUUAAAAAAAUAUAUUUUUAUUUCAGUAAAUGUUGAAGAAUGUGGUGAAAUGAUGGCUGCUGAUCAACCACUGUGCUGCGGAAAGUGCUGGCAGCACUGCCGCUGUGCCCUGUCACCAACACAAUGAAGUGGUGUAAUUGAACAUUGUGUUUAUUUACAUUCGCUUGAUUAGCUGUGUUUUGUUAUGGGUGGACCACGGUGUUCGGGAAGAAAUAUCGGUUCCUUUUCUGUGUCGUGAUCUGAGCUGUUCCGCAGUACCUGUCCGGAGGUGGUUGUACUUUUAUCAGCUUCGUUGCCGCUGUUCGUCUAGCGGCGAAAGUGUUUUGCGAAGGGUGAAACAAAUAUGUCCCACGGUAUCGUUUGAAACUUCGUCGUACAAAACACCGAACCAAACGACAGCAAUACUAAAGGUGCAGCAUUCAGUGUGCAGAGUUGAGACCAAGUCCUAAGCUUUGUUUCGAUCCAGAAAGUAGCGGCAAACCAGCAAAACCCACCCAGUGGAAGCGGAAAGUCAACAAGUGUUGGUGUGCACCAGAAAACAGUUCCAUCCCGCGGAUCGCACCAUGCACAAAGCAACGUACAGUGUUACCUUCGUUCGCCAUGGCGAAAGCGAAUGGAAUAAGAUGAACCUUUUCUGCGGCUGGCACGACGUAGGCCUCAGCGAGGAAGGUGAAUGGGACGCCCUGGAAGUGUCGGCCGCCGCACUGAAGCGAGAAACCAUGUGUUUCGAUAUCGCAUUCACUUCCUGCCUGCGCCGUGCUAACCAAACGUUGGACAUUAUCCUGAAGGAGCUGAACCUGAGCGAAAUUCCGGUCCGGCAGCUGUGGCGCCUAAACGAACGUCACUACGGUGCACUGACCGGUUUCAACAAACGGCAGAUGGCCGAUAUCUACGGUGAGGAACAGGUGCAGGUGUGGCGCCGUAGUUUCAACGUACCACCACCGGCCAUCGAACCGACCAAUCCGUAUUACCAUGCAAUCAAGAGCAAUCCCCGGUUGCGGCACAUCAACGAGAAUGAUUUCCCAUCGACCGAGACACUCGAAACAACCAUGGAGCGGGUCGUGCCAGAGUGGACGGACUCCAUCAUACCGGAGGUUCGCGCUGGCAAGCGUGUGCUAGUGGUGGCGCACGGUACCAGCUUGCGUGGUUUGGUAAAGCACAUUCAAGAUAUUUCAGACGCAGAUAUCAUGAAGUUCAACCUGCCGAACAGUAUUCCGUUCAUCAUCGACUUCGACGAAUCGAUGAAGAUGGUUGGUGGCAUCCGGUUCCUGGCGAACGACGAAACGGUACUAAAGGCAAUGGAGAAGGUGGCCUCGAUCGGUGGCAAGUAGGUGGCAAUGAUGUCUUCCCAUUGCACAACCCUUUUAGCCAUUAGCCAUUGGCUCCGAUUUGUCCGGUGCUACUCUACCUCAUACGUGAGCCUGCUUCCCAAACAGUGAAGACGGUUGUUUUACUUCUCCCGAAAGGGUUUAAUAAGAUUUAAGGAUUAUUUUCUUUUUUUUUUGCUUAGUUUUUAUGUGCAUCUAAACGUACACUGUUUUUUUUCAUGUUUUGUGUGUGUGUGUAUUUUAGGAGAGAAAAAAAAGCUAAACCCCGCUGUAGAUGUGUUAUGUUGUAUGGAGAGGAUCGAUAUGGUACACAUGAAGAGAUACCAAUGUUAGGAAAAGUAAUUUUGAACACUUUUUAAUUGAACGUUAUCGAAUUGAUCGCAUCCAUUGCAUCCGUGCAAUUGGAGAUUAUAUUGUUUCACAUUACUUUCGUCCGUUAGGUUUAAGCGUGCGUGAAAGUGCAGGAGUAUUACUGUAUCGUAUUUUACAUCGAUACACAGCCCCGUUUUACAGUGAUUUAUAAUCAUGUAAUGGUCCCCGAUAAGAUUUCGUAACGCGUGUAUUCAUGUGUGCAGAAACGUAAAAUAAAUCAUUUGUAAACUAA